AUGUCGUUCACCCCUCAUCUAAACCGGCCGCUCCUCCCUCCACCGGGCAUGCCUCCUCAAUAUGCCGGUUUCCCCGCAGGAACUCCUAUGAUUCCUGUUCACAUGGGCAUCAUGACUCCCACGCCGGUGAUGGUGUCCUCUAUUCCCAUGGUCAGCAAACCUCCCAUGCCCAAGAAAGAUAUUCUAGCUAUGAGAGCAAAAGAUGAAGACAGCGGCCCCACCACCACCGUGUUUGUGGGGAAUAUCUCUGAGAAGGCCUCAGACAUGCUGAUCAGGCAGCUGCUUGCAAAAUGUGGCAUUGUUCUGAGCUGGAAGAGAGUACAGGGUGCCUCUGGGAAACUUCAAGCCUUUGGUUUUUGUGAGUACAAAGAGCCAGAGUCCACACUGAGAGCUCUCCGCCUGUUGCAUGAUCUGGAAGUUGGAGACAAAAAUCUGCUGGUGAAAGUGGACGCAAAGACAAAGGCUCAGCUCGAUGAAUGGAAGUCAAAAAAGAAGAUUAAGAACGGGAAGGAGAAGUCUGAUUCUGGAGGUGACGACGAGCAGAUCGAUGAGGAAACAAAGCACAAAGAUCAAUUAACAAAAGGUGCCAUCGACGGCCUCAUGCGAGAGUACGCAGCCGAGCUCAAUGCUCCGUCGCUGGACGAGGAAGAUCAGCGACGCAAAAGGAGAAAGGACAAAAAAGAGGAGGACGACAUUACUCAGAUCGAUAUGGAAGAAGACAAGAGAGAUCUAAUUUCUAGAGAAAUUAGUAAAUUUCGUGACACACACAAGAAACUGGAGGAGGAAAAAGACAAGCGCGAAAAAGAGCGUCUGGAGUUUGAGCGUGAGCGCAGAGAACGGGAAAAAGAGCGGGAGCGUGAGAGGGAACGUCGCGACCGAGAGCGUGAGAAGGAGAGGGAGAGAGAGAGGGAGCGGGAAAGGGAGCGAGAGCGAGAGAGAGAUCGAGAUAAGGAGAGACGCACCAGAGAGCGAGACCGGGACCGGGAUUGGUCUCGCAGCAGAGACCGGAGCACUGAGCGCAGCAGGUCCAGAGAGGUGAGUAGAGACCGUGAGCGAGAGAAAAAGCGAGACCCUGAGGACGAAGAGGAGGCGUACGAGCGUAGGAAACUCGAGAGGAAGCUACGGGACAAAGAAGCAGCUUAUCAAGAGCGACUAAAAAACUGGGAGCUGAGGGAGAGGAAAAAGGCCCGAGACUACGCCAAAGAGACAGAGAGAGAGGAUGAACGCAAGCGAGAAAUGGUCAAAGAAGGCAAACGAUUGAAAGAGUUCCUUGAAGACUACGACGACGACAGAGAUGACCCAAAAUAUUACAGGGGCAGUGCGCUGCAGAAACGCCUCAGAGACAGGGAGAAGGAGGCUGAGGUAGACGAGCGAGACAGGAAGAGGGAGAAGGAGGAGCUGGAGGAGAUCAGGCAGCGGCUUCUGGACGAGGGACACCCGGACCCAGACGCAGAGCUCCGGAGGAUGGAGGAAGAGGAGGAGGAGCGUCUGCGGCAGCCGCUGAUCCCGGAGCCUGAGCCAGAGGAGGAGCGCGAGCACCACAGAGCACCGCGUGACCACCGGGAACACCGCGAGCACCGAGAACACAGAGCAGAGCACCGGCCCGAGCCCAGAGAGCACAGAGAGAGCAGAGUGGAACCAGAGCGAGAGCCACAUCCACGGCCCCCUGCCUCCGAUGACGAGGUGGAGGAAGGAGAGGACGAAGACGACUACGAGCCCAACCACGAGGAGCCCGACCUGAAGCCUCCCAGCCUCAAGCCCACCAUGAGGCCCAUCACCGCGGCACCCUCGGUGUCAUCUGCCAGUGGGAAUGCUUCUCCCAACACACCGGGAGACGAGUCGCCCUGCGGAAUCAUCAUCCCCCAUGAGAACUCUCCUCCGGACGCACUGCCACAGGAGGAACACCGGCCCAAGAUCGGACUGAGCCUCAAACUGGCAGGCUCCACGGGUAGCCCCAGCCAGCCCAACGCCACCAAGAGGAAGAAGCUGCCGGUGGAUAGUGUGUUUGGCAAGUUCGACGACGAGGAGGCGGACGAGCUGCCGCGGAAGAGAAAGCUGGUGCCUCUGGACUACGACGACGACAAGAGCCUGGGCGUGGACGGAGCCGGUCUGUCCAGCAUCAAAGGGGCCAACGCCGAGGAGAAACGCAAGCACAUCAAGAGCCUCAUCGAGAAGAUCCCCACGGGGAAACCAGAGCUCUUCUCCUACCCCCUGGACUGGACCAUGGUGGACUCGACGUUGAUGGAGCGCCGUGUUCGUCCCUGGAUCAAUAAGAAAAUCAUCGAGUACAUUGGAGAGGAGGAGCCGACGUUAGUGGACUUUGUCUGCUCAAAGGUGAUGGCUCAUAGUACACCACAAGGAAUACUAGACGAUGUUGCUAUGGUUCUCGAUGAAGAAGCCGAAGUUUUUAUUGUAAAAAUGUGGAGACUGCUAAUUUAUGAAACGGAAGCCAAGAAGAUUGGACUUGUGAAAUAG